GUGCAUGUCACUCACUACGAUUUUGUGCCUGUUUUGACAAUGGAAGAGUCAGCCAGAUUACCAAUGCUUUCAAUGAAAGAUCACCGCGAAGAGAAGCAUCGAAAACGUCGUUCCCAUCGAGAGGAAUCAGAAUAUCAUUAUGGUCCCAGUUAUUAUUAUCAAGAAUCCAGCAACCACUCGGGACAUGUAGAUAAAUACGAUGAUAACUACUACCGAAAUAGAUAUCCAAAGUCAUACGAUCAACAAGAAGACUAUAUCCGUCGUCGCAAAAAGUCUAAACACCGUAGUCCCAGCUGUGAUACACAUCAUGAAACUAAACGAUCUCAUCAUGAAAAGAAAUCUCACAAGACUAAGAGACAUUUCGAAGAUAAUCAUAAAUACAUCUCAGGCAAUGAAGACAAGUCUUUAGUACUAGUUGAAAACGAGGAAGAUGAGGAAGAGAUUAUCAGGCGAAGACGUAUCGAAAGACAAAAGUUACUAGAAAAGUUAGAGGUUGGAAGUCAAGGAGAAGCUCCAACCAAUAAACUCGAAAGCGAUCACAAUCCUCAAGUUAUUCAGGCAGACAGUUUGACGGAUAUGGUCACGUUUGAGGACACCGAGGACUUCGAUUUCGAAAGGUUUGUCCAGGCUAAGUUAGAAUGCAUCAAAAUGGCUCCAACUAGUACCUCAGACCAACCUAUCUCACCAAGUGGUCGCCUAUCAGGUGUUCAAGCUCCAGCCGCAAUGGCACUUCAAGAUAAAAAAAGAAAUGACCCAAAUAUCUCUGGACAAAACAAUUCCAAACCCUCUACAUUUGAUAUGUUUGCUGAGGAAUUCGAAGUUGAGCUGCAUCAUGCUCCGGGGACAAUGGCAUUGGGAGCUAUGGCCUCCGAAAAUCAUGCCCUAUCUGACAAUUGGGACGAUGCUGAAGGUUAUUACCGUGUUCGGAUUGGGGAAGUUUUGGAUAAGCGUUAUGCUGUUUACGGAUAUACUGGUCACGGAGUGUUUUCUAACGUUGUUAGGGCGAGGGAUAGUGCUCGGGGCAAUUUAGAGGUGGCAAUCAAGAUAAUAAGAAACAACGAUGUAAUGCACAAAUCAGGUCUAAGGGAAUUAGAAGUUCUUAAAAAACUCAACGAUGCUGACCCGCAAGAUCGUUUUCAUUGCCUGCGACUUUAUCGUCACUUUUUUCAUAAAAAUCAUCUAUGCAUGGUAUUCGAGUUGAUGAGUCUUAAUCUUCGCGAGGUUCUGAAAAAGUAUGGACGUAAUAUUGGGCUGCAUAUUGCUGCUAUACGCUCAUACACUCAGCAGCUUCUGUUGGCUUUGAAGCUGAUGCGCAAGUGUGGUAUUUUGCAUGCGGACAUCAAGCCUGAUAACAUACUUGUAAAUGAAAACAAAAUCUUGCUUAAGUUGUCUGAUUUCGGAUCAGCAUCUACUAUACAGGAUAAUGAUAUCACGCCUUAUCUUGUUUCACGUUUUUAUCGUGCUCCAGAAAUAAGUAAGUUUCUUGUUAUAUGGUAUUUUGUAACAUGCUUUUUAAUACUACCUUUGAUUUUUUUAAAAUUGAAUACUGACAUUUUUCUACUUUCUGCAUUUUUUGCGUAUUCGGCGUUAUAUCAGCCAAUGGAAAUCAGUCGCCACCAUGAACUUGCUAUUCAAUAAUCGUGGUCAAGAUAUGGAGUAUUGUGACGAUACUAGUGGGGCUGUCUUCUUGCUACCUUUAGCGAGGGUAAUCUUUCUUAUGCGCUCCUUAGUGAAUUUUACGUUUUUUAAAACAUUUUAUUUUCUUAUUUAGUUCAAACUGGUAGGAUUCCCGGUUUAUAUGAUUUUAUCAUGAAUCUGCUUGACUCCUUCCUUCGUCGUCUAUGCACAUGACUGGUGGUCACGAUUAUCGGGUUAAUUAGCUUAGGUAUAUCGCUACUGACUUGUGAUGCCAACAUCGUAAUACUUGAUGGGUUUUCCGAAGCGAAUACGGUUAUGUUUUGUGAAUAAAAGCCACCAUUCAGGCAUUAUGAGUUCGUAUCGUGUAUUUUAUCUUAAAGGAGUAUAUAGUUUAAAAGAUCUCAACAUGUCAUUACAUCUGUAUAUAGUUACCACUUUAUAUAUGAGUUUAUAUAUAUGACUUUACGCACCAGACGCCCCCAUUAAGUAUUUUUGAAAGUAAAGUUUGCUAAAUCUUACCGUAGGUGAACAGUACAUGGUUACUAUGUUAUUACUGGUUAUUUCUCGUCAGCUUCUCAUUCAAUUAUUUGCUUUCAGUAUUAGUUCGUUUAGUACCCAUAGUUCCCUCAGUAGUAUAUACGGUCAGUUAACCAUGAUGCUGUUUCGUGAAGAUGUGAUGAUUAGUUAUAUUUAUCUCAUAGUUAUUGUUAAUGGCAUCCAGGGGCUUACAUAUUGUACGAAUAUUUAUUACAUUUGGCUGAUAAUGAUUACAGAGUACUUUUGUUUCUCAUUUAACUUAAAUUUGUAAACAAUUUGAGUAUAUUUCUUAGUAAAUACUCCUAAUAAUAUAUGGGGUUCACUUUACUACUAUUCUCAUCGCUUAACAAAUGUAGCGUCUGGGGUUGGUAAUAGCGUUCUAUGUAAAAUUGUUGGUUUGUUUCUUUGUCCAAUGUGUUCAUAAAUUAGUAUAAAAACGAUUCAUUACCCAACUCUUGUGUACAAUAUUAACAAUCAUUUCGCCAAAUCAUCCGAAAUACAUUUUGAUAAAGUGUUCUUUUUGAUUGCUCCAAGAUUUCCAAGUAGAGAUAUGAUAGCCAUAUUUUUGAAAUCGCCUGUUCAUCUCACCCAAUAAAUAUAUGAGAUAGACUUUUAUUACACUUUGAUUCUGCAGAUGUUGUAACCUGGUGGGCAUGUUUUCAUAAUAACCGAGUCAUCGUGGAUCGUUCAAAACUAUUUUCAGUUAAAAUCUUGGUGUUUGAAAUUUGUUUUAGUUUUAGGUGUUCCUUACGAUUACAAUGUGGAUUUGUGGUCUUGCAGUGUAACUCUAUUUGAGUUACAUACUGGACAAAUUAUGUUUCCAGGAAAGACUAACAAUGAGAUGUUACGUUUAAUGAUGGAAGUCAAAGGACGUAUACCAGGUCGCGUGAUCCGCCGUGGAAUGUUUCGCGCACAGCAUUUUGAUGAACAGUGCAAUUUUCUCUAUCAUGAAGUGGACAAAGUAACACAAAAGGAGAAAAUGACGGUAAUUCGUAAUUUACAACCAACAAGAGACCUAAUGACAGAUCUUAUUGGUCAGUCAAAGUUAAGUGAACCAAUCUUCCGCAAAGUAACACAGUUUCGCGAUCUUCUCGAGAAAACUUUAAUGUUGGAUCCCACUCGUCGUAUUUCUUUGAAUGAAGCUUUGCAACACCCAUUUAUUACCGAACGUAUGUCUGCCGCAACAGAAUCAGCUAAUCCAACCCAGUGAAGUGGUUUUUGUUCACACUGCGAUUAUACACUGUAUACAAUGUAAAUAAAAAUAAUUUUUGUUAUUUAAAACUCAAGUUUGUACUGUAAAUAUUCCAAGAAUCCUUUAAAAGCAUAUUGACUUUUGCUUUGUAAGACUUUAUUUUG